AUGCUUGGAAAUGAGGUUAAAACAAUUACAUCAGGAUGUUUUAAAAAUGCUAAUAUAUCAAGUAUAAUAUUUCCAGAAGGAUUAUUGUCAAUAGACUAUACAGCUUUUGCAAAUUGUAAUAAUCUCAGAGCUGUAACAAUUCCAAGUUCAGUGAAUUCUCUAGGAGGUCAAUGCUUUCCAUCACAGACUGUUAUAACUUUUGCAGAUGGAUCCCCUUUUCUCCAGGAUGACCAGGGAUUGAUUUAUAAUUCUCCAACAAUGCUUGUUUUGUAUUUGAGUGAACGAGAUUCGUACACAAUUCCAUCAAUCGUUGAAACAAUACAUAAUAGCGUUUUCAGCGGUAACAACAUAUUAAAAACAAUUAUUUUUGAAGAAGAAUCAAAACUCAAAGCAAUAAAUGAUUAUGCAUUUAGAGGCUGCAUAAAUCUAACAAACAUCGAUAUUCCAAAUUCUGUAAUCAGAAUUGAAACUUAUGCAUUUGCUGGUUGUACUUCUCUGAAAAAAAUUUCAUUUGGAUUUAAAUUAAAAGACAUUUAUUAUCGAGCGUUUGAAGAUUGCUCAAGCUUAGAAUCAAUUGAAUUUUCUUGUUGGGAAAAUGUAACAAUUAGAAUUGAAGCAUUCAAAAACUGUAAUAAUCUCAAGAAUAUUAUUUUCAGAAAUAAUAUAACAGGAAUUCAGAAUUCAUGUUUCUUGAAUUGUUUAUCGUUGAGAGAGAUUGUUUUCCCAUCUUCGUUAGAGAAAAUUGAUAGAUAUGCAUUCAGUAACACAGGAAUAACGAACAUAACUUUCCCAACAGACUCUAAACUGACAUUUAUUGACAUGCGCUGUUUCAGUAAUUGUGUUAAUCUUUCACAUAUCGCACUUCCUCCUUCAGUCAAACAGAUUGGAUCUAACUGCUUUGAGAAUACGAACAUCACAACAUUCACAGUUCCAAAUCACACCGAGUACAUGUCAGACUACGUCUUUAAAGGAUGCACAAAUCUCGUCAAGUUCACAAUUCCAUCAGACUGCUCUUUGCAAAAUAUCGGCAACUUGUUCUUCGAUGGAUGUUCGUCUCUCUCUGUCAUCGAAUGCCCACGAGGUGACUACUUCACAGUUGAUGUCGGUGCUCUUUACAACAAAUCAGAAACAGUCCUCUUCUGCUUCCCUCCAGGGUCAGAGAUCAAGUUCUUCAAUGUCCCACAGACACUUCGUACUAUAUCAUCAGGCGCAUUCAUUAGAUGCAAAAAUCUGAUCAGCAUUUCCAUCCCAGACGACUCCGUUCGGAGCAUCAAACAAUAUGCGUUCGCAAAUUGCUCUUCAUUGAUAUCGAUCAACAUCCCUAUAUGCGUCAAGAACGUAGAAAAUUCUAUCUUCUUCGGAUGCAAUCAUCUGAGAUGUGGUGUCAUCAUCGAGAACAGGACAGUCUCUUUCAUUCGGAAAAUCAUAUCUGAAUGGCUUCUUAACCCUAAGGCAAUUUACUCAUGUGACUUCCUUACAUGCCAAUGCAGAAUCAUCAACACAAAAAUCACACAAUCACUUCUCUAUGCAUUCACUGUUAUUCUAUACAUUGGAAUGUUAUAA